AUGGGCGACAAGCUCAAUCCAGCGUCCCAGGACAUUGAGCUCAAUCAGAGCUCGCAGCCUCCAGAAGAGAAACAUUGGUACCGCUCGACUCUCUUCAAUGCGUUUGUCAUCGGAGGUGUCGGGUUUCUAGCUCCCGGUCUAUGGAAUGCGAUGAAUUCGUUGGGAGCAGGAGGCGCUGAGAAGCCGUUCCUUGUCAAUGCAGCAAAUGCGCUUGUUUUCGGAAUCAUGGGAUUCUUGUGUCUUUUUGGAGGCCCAAUCGCAAACCGCAUCGGAUUCGCAUGGACUCUGGUACUGAGCACAUUGGGAUAUCCAAUUUAUUCAGCUGCUCUGUAUACCAACAACAGAUAUGGCAAUGUUUGGUUUGUUCUUGUUGGUGCUGUUGCAUGCGGAUUUUCAGCUGGUUUAUUUUGGGCAGUGGAAGGCGCCGUUGCACUGGGUUACCCGGAAGUCUCAAAGCGAGGAAAAUACAUGAACAUAUGGCUCAUCUUCCGAACCGGCGGACCCCUUGUCGGGGGGGCCAUUGUACUGGGUCUCAAUCAUUCUUCAGCGGCUGCCAAGAAAGGUUCUGUUGGUUGGCAGACAUAUAUUGUUUUUGUGAUUUUGCAGUGCCUUGCAGCCCCCUUGGCCUACUUCUUGACUCCACCGCAGAAGGUGCAACGAUCUGAUGGAACUCAUAUCAAAGUGGCUGCCAGGCUAUCUUUCAAAGGAGAGUUUUGGGCACUAUGGAAUCUGUCCAAACAGAAACGAGUCCUUUUGCUCCUUCCUCUAUUUUGGGCCGCUUAUUUCAACCAGUACAACGGAAAUUUUGAAACGUAUUACUUUGGUCUCAGGGCACGAGCCUUGAUUGGAUUCAUAGUCAAUUUCUCAACGAUUCUAGGUUCCCAGCUGAUGAGCUUAUUUCUCGACUGGAAAGGCAUGCCGGUUAAGAAGCGAAUCUCGUGGGGGUUCUACUAUGUAAUAUUUUUACACUUAGUAGCUUGGAUCUACGCAUGGGUUGUUCAAGAAAAGUAUACCCGCGAACAACCUGUUUUCGACUGGGUCGAUAAAGGGUUUGUAGAGGGAUUCUUUGUACUUGCACUUUGGGAGUUCUCUCGCCAGUCACUGCAAAAUUGGAUGUACUAUAUGGUCUCGGUCACAACGGACAACAUUUCGCAGCUAACUCGACUUUCCGGUAUUCUUCGCGGCCAAGAAAGUUUUGCACAGGCUGUGUCCUUUGGCAUUAAUACCCGCGAAUGGUACGGUGGCCGUGUUCCCCUGGCUGUCAAUACUAUCUUAUUGGGACUUGCUGUACUACCUACAUGGAUUGUUGUGAAAGACCUUAACCCAGAUGACAUUGCGACAGACUCCGACGAUCCUGUCCAAGACGAGGUACCACUCCCAUCGGCUAUAGUCGAGAAAGUCGCUGUCCGCGAUGGGUUAUAG